AGACAUGAAGCUCAAAUGAGCAAUAUGGAGAGAGAUAGUGGCGAAUCCAGUGGCGGAGUCACGAGGGUGAAGAGGUUCACAGUAGCUAUACACCCUGAGAACCGGUGUGAAGCCGAGGUGGAAGAUGGUUUAAAAGAACUCGGAAAACUCGAGGAAGACACUCAAGAAACAAAAAGUGUGAAAUAUUGGGCGGAAAAAAUCUCUUACGCCUUUAGAAGUUUAGCUGUUUCACCAAAGCAGAGAAAAAACAGUUUUGGUUCUCUUUUCUCAUCCUUAGACAGCGAAUUCGACGAAAUGGAUGGACCACAGGCAAGGUUCAAACCAGAAGCGAUAGAUACCCUCUGCCAACUGACCAAGUUCAACAAACGUGAACUCCAGCUGAUGUACAGGGGUUUCAAGCAAGAGUGUCCAUCCGGCAUGGUUCGUGAAGAAACUUUCAAAGGCAUAUACGCUCAGUACUUUCCAAAAGGCGCCGACACAAGUCAAUAUGCUCAUUAUGUGUUCAAUACGUUCGAUCAAGACCACACUGGUGCUAUUACAUUUACGGAUUUCGUGAUUGGUUUAUCGGUGCUAGCUCGGGGAUCGCUGCAAGAGAAACUUAGAUGGGUAUUCAGCUUGUAUGACAUCAACGGAGACGGUCACAUCACUAAAGAUGAAAUGAGCCGGAUUGUGGCAGCAAUUUACGAUAUGAUGGGCAAAACGAUGGACCCGCCUUUGGAAGAAUUCACAACAAGAGAUCACGUUGAUAGGGUGUUUCAGAAACUGGAUCAAAAUAAGGAUGGAGUUGUGACAAUUGAAGAAUUUAUGGAUUCCUGUUCUAAGGAUGAACACAUCAAAAAGUCUAUGACAGUUUUUAAUACGGUGUUGUGACAAAUUGAUGGGGGCAGCGACAGCGAGGACGAGGACACCGAACUGUUUUGGUGACUGUGCUGCCCCCAGUCUCCAGAACUGAACUUCUUUUGCUCUGACAUCUACAUCUAGUACAUCUAGACCAUGAAACUUAACAUCCAAGCUUACUGCUAUCGAACACCAAGGACUUUAUUUGAAAGUGUGCCUUAGAUUUGCUAAACACUGUUCUUAGUUACGUUUCGGAAAGAAACAGAAUUAUGGCUACACCCUUGCUCCUUUUUAUUUAGGUUCAAACACUAUUGAAUAUACUUGAUUUAGUUCUGAAACGGUUUUAUUACAAAGAUUACAAACGGUUUUCUGAAAACACCAGAUGUUCGAUAUUUUGAUUACUAAUUCUUCCAUAUAAUCUUCAACUCGAUGCUUUUGCAGUAUGGUUAAACGUAAUUUUAUAAAAAAUAUAUUUUAUAAAUCAUAUUAUCAGGAAAAUGCUUACAUUAAACAGCAAAACAAAGUAAGGAUUCAAUUAAUUUAUU